CUGCCUCUAGGAUUUGCUGGCAGGCCAUCCCACCCCACCCCCCAACUUUCCACUUGCCCCCCCCCUCCAGGGCCACCUAGGGCCAUGACUAAGACAGAUCCUGCCCCAAUGGGUCCUCCACCCCGAGGGGAGGAGGAAGAGGAAGAGGAAGAGGAUGAGCCUAUCCCCGAAGCCCCCAGCCCCACCCAGGAGCGCCGGCAGAAGCCUGUUGUGCACCCGUCGGCACCUGCCCCCCUACCUAAGGACUACGCCUUCACCUUCUUCGAUCCCAAUGACCCGGCAUGCCAGGAGAUUCUGUUUGACCCACAGACAACCAUCCCAGAACUAUUUGCCAUUGUUCGCCAGUGGGUACCCCAAGUCCAGCACAAGAUAGAUGUCAUCGGCAAUGAGAUCCUGCGUCGAGGCUGCCAUGUGAACGAUCGUGAUGGGCUCACGGACAUGACCCUGCUCCACUAUGCAUGCAAAGCUGGGGCCCAUGGAGUUGGGGACCCCGCAGCGGCUGUGCGCCUCUCGCAGCAGCUGCUGGCCCUGGGCGCCGAUGUGACCUUGCGAAGCCGCUGGACCAACAUGAAUGCGCUUCACUACGCGGCCUAUUUCGAUGUCCCGGACCUCGUCCGCGUGCUGCUGAAAGGCGCGAGGCCCCGGGUGGUGAACUCUACAUGCAGUGACUUCAACCAUGGCUCAGCCCUGCACAUUGCUGCCUCGAACCUGUGUCUGGGUGCGGCCAAAUGUUUGUUGGAGCACGGUGCCAAUCCAGCACUGAGGAACCGAAAGGGACAGGUGCCAGCUGAAGUCGUCCCGGACCCCAUGGACAUGUCCCUUGACAAAGCAGAGGCUGCGCUGGUGGCCAAGGAGCUGCGAACACUGCUGGAGGAGGCUGUGCCGCUGUCUUGUGCCCUCCCCAAGGUCACACUCCCCAACUAUGACAACGUUCCAGGAAAUCUCAUGCUCAGCGCACUGGGCCUGCGCCUGGGAGACCGUGUGCUGCUGGAUGGCCAGAAGACGGGAACUCUGCGGUUCUGUGGCACCACAGAGUUCGCCAGCGGCCAGUGGGUGGGCGUGGAGCUGGACGAACCAGAGGGCAAGAAUGAUGGCAGUGUUGGGGGCGUCCGGUACUUCAUCUGCCCUCCCAAACAGGGUCUCUUUGCCUCUGUGUCCAAGAUCUCCAAGGCAGUGGAUGCACCCCCCUCAUCUGUCACCUCCACACCCCGGACUCCCCGCAUGGACUUCUCUCGUGUCACCGGCAAAGGCCGAAGGGAACACAAAGGGAAGAAGAAAUCUCCAUCAUCCCCAUCUCUGGGCAGUUUACAGCAGCGCGAUGGAGCCAAGGCUGAAGUUGGAGACCAGGUCCUCGUGGCAGGCCAGAAGCAGGGAACCGUGCGCUUCUAUGGGAAGACAGACUUUGCCCCAGGGUACUGGUAUGGCAUUGAACUGGAUCAGCCCACGGGCAAGCAUGAUGGUUCUGUCUUUGGCGUCCGGUACUUCACCUGUCCCCCACGGCAUGGGGUCUUUGCACCAGCAUCUCGUAUCCAGAGGAUUGGUGGAUCCACUGAUCCCCCUGGGGACAGUACUGGAGCCAAAAAAGUGCAUCAAGUAACAAUGACGCAGCCCAAACGCACCUUCACAACAGUCCGGACCCCAAAGGACAUUGCAUCAGAGAAUUCUAUCUCCAGGUUGCUCUUCUGCUGCUGGUUUCCGUGGAUGCUGCGGGCCGAGAUGCAGUCUUAGAGGCUCUGAUUCCCAAUGACACAGUCUCCUCUAGUGUUUCCUGAUACCAGGAGCCCCCUACCCCCAGUCACCCUGAGAUAGAGACCCCCAUUAACACAUCCAGAAUAGAGACCCCCAUUAGCCAGCCCUUCCUCACUGAGGUCCCAUUAUUAACAGGUUCCCCAUUAUAACUCCCCAAUACUGUCAUCCAGACAGAAAUUCCCUGAGUAGCACCUUCAGGUUAGUCCCUGUCCCCAGCCCUUCUGAGCAGACACCCACCCCUCCCCCCAUUAACAGAUUUCCAUUCUUCCCCAAGUGAGGGUGACCCUGUUCACAUAAUGUUCUACAACAGGACCUUCUUGAGUCAUUCAGUGGACCAGAAAUCUCCAUUAACAAAGACCCCCCUGCCUCUGUUCCCCUUGAAAUGAACAUAGGUCACACCUUCAGAG